AUGAGUUUGGUGAAUUUUCCCCAUGUAUUGUUGAAGUUAGUUACUCCAAAGGGUUGGGACUAGGGGCCUCUCUUUCUAUUCCUCCUAUGAAAACUGGCAGAGGAAAAAAACAAAAGCUCGUCAUAGCCCAGACAUGAAUGCCAAAACCUGUCUCAAUUAACUGAAUUCACUGCGGUGUACCGUUUUCAGUUUCCCUCAUCAAAAUUUAGAUCAAUUUCUCCAACUUGGAUAAGUAUGCGAAAAUGUUGCGCCCAAAUCCUAUUCGGAAAACCAAGGCAUCCUGAGAGUCUUUGUACCUUUGGGACAAGUUUUACGGUGUCGGAGAGAGAAACGAAAGGAAGAUCAGAUGAGUUUAUUUGCGUGUUGUAGGAUGGACCGCAGCGAUUCGAUCAAGGGGAGUUCUGUGGUUUAUGCAAAGAGUCAUCAGAAGGAGAAGAAGAAUGCUAGAAAAUACGAUGAUGAUCAAGAGGCAUUGGCCACCAUCGUGAGAAGCAUCUCAAUGCGGUCAGGCAGCAUAAAGCAGAGAAAACUAGCAGAAGAGAUACUCAAAUUCGGGAAAGUAAAAGUGGCUGCUGAAGUUUUCACAUUCCGUCAAUUAGCCGCUGCAACAAACAACUUCAACGCUGAUCUGCUGUUGGGUGAGGGAGGAUUUGGAAGGGUGUACAAAGGCCACAUUAGGACCACAAGUCAACCUGUGGCUGUGAAGCAACUUGACAAGAAUGGAGUGCAGGGCAAUAGAGAAUUCCUCGCGGAGGUUUUGACACUCAGUCUUGUAAACCAUCCGAACCUCGUCAAUCUGAUUGGAUAUUGCGCCGAUGGGCAUCAACGAAUUUUGGUAUAUGAAUACAUGUCCAAUGGGUCUUUGGAGGAUCACCUUCUUGAUUUACCCCAAGGCAAGAAUCCACUUGAUUGGUUCACUAGAAUGAAGAUAGCAAAAGGAGCAGCUGAAGGGCUCGAAUACUUGCAUGAUACCGUGGAUCCUCCAAUUAUCUAUCGUGAUUUCAAACCAUCCAAUAUCUUACUGGAUGAAGACUUCAUUCCCAAGUUAUCUGAUUUUGGACUUGCUAAGUUAGGUCCAACAGGAGACCAGCAACAUGUGUCCACAAGGGUCAUGGGGACUUACGGAUACUGCGCACCAGAGUACGCCAUGACAGGUAAGCUGACAACUAAGUCUGACGUGUACAGCUUUGGGGUUGUGUUUCUGGAGAUCAUAACGGGAAGGAGAGUUAUCGAUAUGGCGAGACCACCAGCGGAGCAAAACCUGAUUGUUUGGGCAGCACCACUUCUGAAGGACAGAAGAAAGUGCACCCUAAUGGCUGACCCAAGACUUGAAGGGAACUACCCUACGAAGGGACUCUAUCAAGCACUUGCUGUUGCAGCCAUGUGUCUCCAAGACGAAGCUAGCACCCGACCGUUGAUCUGUGAUGUUGUUACCGCUCUCGAGUAUUUGGCUAUGCCAUGAAAUGAAACUGGAGUUUUCACAUACAGUUACGUUAAGGAAAUGGCAAAAUGAGAGCUUAUAUUGCAACCUGAUGAAUUUGAGCUCUUUGAAUUAUGUAUGUCAGUGGCAAAAUGAGAGCGUAUAUUGCAACCUGAUGAAUUUGAGCUCUUGUGCAUUCAGAGAUGUGUUUGUUUGUAUAUUUCAAGUGGUGUGUGGUUAUGGACCUUAUGGUUAUCUGACUUUAUAAGACCAGUUGAGAGUUCAGU